UGUUGGAUGGAUGGACGUAGCCAGAUAGUCCUGGGUUCUGAUAUUGCGGAUAGGCGACCUGGUGAGCCUCCCCUGGACCUGGGCAGCAUCCCCUGGUUGGGUCACGCCCUGGAGUUUGGAAGAGAUGCCGCCAGCUUCCUCACGCGGAUGAAGGACAAGCACGGGGACAUCUUUACCGUGCUGGUGGCCGGCAGGUAUGUCACUGUCCUCCUGGACCCGCACUCCUAUGACAAGGUGAUGUGGGAGCCGCGCACCAGGCUGGACUUCCACGCCUACGCCGCCUCACUCAUGGAGAGGAUUUUCGAUUUGCAGCUCCCACAUUAUGACCCCAGUAACGAGAAGGCCAAGAUGAAGCCGACCCUGGAGCACAGGGACCUGCAGUCGCUCACAGACGCGAUGUACACCAACCUCCGCACCAUGCUGCUGGGGGACCCCGCAGAGGCGUCUGGUGACUGGCGCGAGACCGGUCUCUUUGAGUUCUGCUACAGCAGCCUGCUCAGAGCCGGAUACCUGACUCUGUUUGGUGUGGAGGCAUCACCAGGCACCCCCGAGAGCCAGGCCCAGGACCGCACCCACUCCGCCGACAUCUUCCACACCUUCCGGCAGCUCGACCUGCUGCUCCCCAAGCUGGCUCGAGGCUCCUUGUCAGCAGCCGAGAAGGACCAGGCACGCAGCGUCAGAGGUCGCCUGUGGAAGCUGCUGUCCCCCGCCAGGGUGGCCGCCCGCGCGCUCCGGAGCAGCUGGCUGGAGAGCUACCUGCUGCACCUGGAGGAGACACUCUUUGCACCUAGAUUCUUGGCAUGGGUGGGAACCAGGCCUGCUGAGCCCUGUGCCUUGGCCAAGGCUGCGGCCAAACUGUUCCGCCCUGGUGUAACGGGCUCCUUCUCACUGCAGGGAAACAUGGGCCCUGCCGCCUUCUGGCUCCUGCUCUUCCUUCUCAAGAAUCCGGAGGCUCUGGCUGCCGUUCGUAGGGAGCUCCAACACAUCCUGUGCCAAGCAGGGCAGUCUUCCUCGCAGAUGAGCGCCCUCCCGCCGAAGGCCUUAGACAGCACCCCUGUGCUCGACAGCGUGCUGAGCGAGAGCCUCAGGCUCACAGCUGCACCUUUCAUCACCCGAGAGGUGGUGGUGGACAUGGCCUUGCCUCUGGCGGAUGGACGGGAGUUCUCCCUGCGAUGCGGUGAUCGGCUCCUCCUCUUCCCCUUCCUCAGUCCCCAGAGGGAUCCGGAAAUCUACACAGACCCAGAGGUAUUUAAAUACAACCGUUUCCUGAGCCCAGAGGGAACAGAGAAGAAAGACUUUUACAAGGGUGGAAAACAGUUGAAGAAUUACAACCUGCCGUGGGGGGCAGGGCACAACCAGUGCCUGGGGAAGAGUUUUGCCAUCUACAGCCUUAAACAAUUUGUGUUCCUCGUGCUGACGCACUUUGACCUGAAGCUGGUCAGCGCAGACCAGGAGGUCCCCAAGUUUGACCCCAGCAGGUAUGGCUUCGGGCUGAUGCAGCCGAAGAAUGACGCGCUCAUCCAGUGUCGCGCCCAGCUGUGACCCGCAGGAGCUCCCAGACAGCCUGCUCCAGCUUCCUGACUUUCUGUGCCAGUGUCAUCCUAGAUGCCUAUACCUAGGGGUGGGGACAGAGUGGAAGCCACCAAAGACAACACCAAAGUCAAGAAGAGACUUGGAAAGUUCAGCUGGGUGUCGUGGCGCACACCUGUAAUCCCAGCACUCAGGGGGCUGAGGCAGGAGGAUCUCUGUGAGUUU